AUGCAGGAGGCCGUCCCCUUCCUGCUUCUCCUGGGCGCCCUGUCAGUGGGACAUGCACUACACCUAAUCCACUUACCUGCUACAAGCCACGUGGCAGAGAAUUCUCCACCUGAGACUUCAGUGCACAAGUUUUCUGUGAAAUUAUCAGCAUCACUGUCACCUGUGAUCCCAGGGUUCCCCCUAAUCAACUCAAGUCCCCUCACUGAGGCCUUCAGGGUGAACUGGCUGUCAGACACUGACUUUGAGGUUGUCACCACCGGGAAGGAACAACUAGAUUUUGAAACAGGACCGCACAUAUUUGAUUUGCAGAUUUGUGUGAAGGAUGACGUGGGUGUCACUGACCUGCAGGUCCUGACGGUCCAGGUAACGGAUGUGAAUGAGCCGCCUGAGUUUCAAGGCAACUUGGCAAAAGGUCUAGACCUCUACAUAGUGGAAGGAGCAAAGCCUGGAUUCGUUUACCAGGUGGAGGCCUUCGAUCCAGAAGACACAAGUCAAAACACACCCCUCAGUUAUUUCCUGAUUUCCCCUUCAAAGAGUUUCAGAAUGUCUGCUAAUGGGACCCUCUUCUCCACAACAGAAUUUGACUUUGAAGCAGGACACAGCAGUUACCAUCUCAUCGUGGAAGUGAGAGAUAGCCAAGGGCUCAGAGCCUCCAUGGAGCUGCAGGUGAACAUCGUGAACAUCAAUGACGAGAUCCCUCGCUUUACCAGCCCAACGCACGUGUACACGAUUCCCGAGGAGCUGGGUCCAGGAGCAAUUGUGGCCAAUAUCACAGCUGAGGACCCUGAUGAUAAAGGUUUCACCAGCUUCCUCUUCUACAGCAUCACUACUGUCAACAGCUAUUUCAUGAUCAAUCAGUUGACUGGGACCAUCCAAGUUGUGCGCAGGAUAGACCGAGAUGCAGGUGAAUUAAGACAAAAUCCCGCCAUAUCUCUGGAGGUUCUGGUGAAGGAUAGACCCUUUGGGGGUCAGGAGAAUCGCAAGCAGAUAACCUUCAUUGUGGAAGACAUUAAUGACAACCCCUCGACAUGCACCAAGUUCACCUUCAGCAUUAUGGUGCCUGAGAGAGCAGCCAAGGGGACGUUGCUUCUGGACCUGAACAAGUUCUGCUUUGAUGAUGACAGUGAAGCACCAAACAACCAAUUCAACUUCACCACGCCAUCUGGAGUGGGCAGCAGCAGCAGAUUUUUGCAGGAUCCAGCUGGCUCUGGGAAAAUCGUGUUGAUUGGUGAUCUAGAUUAUGAAAAUCCAAGUAAUCUAGCAGCCGGCAAUAAAUACACUGUGAUAAUCCAGGUGCAGGAUGUUGCCUCUCCUUACUAUAAAAAUAAUAUCUACAUUUAUAUCCUAACAAGCCCAGAAAAUGAGUUUCCUCUUGUCUUUGAUAGCCCAUCCUACGUAUUUGCCGUGUCGGAAUUAAGCCCACCUAGAACCCGGGUUGGAUGGAUGCAAGCGACAGAUAAAGACUUCCCCCAGAGAGGCAUCGUGUACUCCAUCUCCACCGGAGGGGCCAGCCAGCACCACCCAAACAUAUUUUGGAUUAAUCCCCAAACGGGAGAACUCCAGCUGGUGACUAAAGCGGACUACGAGACAACGCCCAUCUAUAUUCUCAGAAUCCAGGCCACCAACAGCGAGGACAGCAGCUCAGUCACUGUUACUGUGAACAUCAUUGAAGAAAAUGAUGAAAAACCAAUCUGUAUCCCAAACUCGUACUUCCUGGCCAUCCCAGUGGAUCUGAAAGUUGGCACAAAUAUUUACAAUUUCAAGCUCACGUGUACUGACCUUGAUUCCAGCCCCAGGUCUUUUCGUUACUCCAUUGGCCCAGGCAACAUCAACAGUCAUUUCACCUUCUCUCCCAACGCCGGGUCCAAUGUUACAAGCCUGAUCCUGGCGACUCGCUUUGACUAUGCUAGUGGGCUUGAUCAGAUCUGGAACUACAAACUACUUGUCUACAUAACUGAUGACAACUUGCUGUCCGACAGGAAGAGAGCUGGAGCUCUUGUUGAAACAGGCACAGUGACGCUGAGUAUUAGAGUCAUUCCUCACCCAACCACGAUUGUCACCACAACCCCCAGGCCCAGGAUCACCUACUGGAUCCUGAGGAAGAACGUGUAUUCUCCAUCGGCCUGGUAUGUGCCUUUUGUCAUCACUUUGGGCUCCAUGUUGCUUCUGGGUCUCCUGGUGUCCCUGAUCGUCCUGUUGGCCAAAGCCAUCCACAGACACUGUCUCUGCAAAACUGGGAAGCACAAGAAACCUCUGGUGAAGAAAGAAACAAUCCAGAUGAACACUGUCUUUGAUGGAGAAGCCGCAGACCCAGUUACUGGGGCAAUAUAUGAAUUCAACACAAAAACUGGAGCCAGAAAGUGGAAAGAUCCCUUAAUCCAAAUGCCAAAAUGGAAGGAGUCCAGCCCUCAGGGAGCUGCUCCAAGAAGACCUGUCACUGGGGAAGGGACCGGGCCACCAAGGAGCACCCACAAGGAAGGAGAUGGGCUGAGCGACAAAGCACAGGCCAAGAAUACAGGCCCGUGGUCCAGGAACCAGGACGGCAAGCCAAGCACCCCAAAGAACAGAAACUCAGCCCUUACGCGUGGGGGGUCCCCCAAACCGCACCCAGAAAAGUGA